CUCUGUCUUGGUUACUUUAACAAUGGUGGCAAGUGAAAACAGCCUGCCUUUGGUCCUGGGCCAAGAGGGGGCCGCCCUGCGUAAUAAAGUACUCUGGAGGUGGGGAAUCUCUCUCCACACAACGAACCGGCGGUGCGCACCCACAACUGCACUCCUGCUCUGAAAUCUCACUCAACACCACACCACGGCAGGAGCUCACUUAUACCAAAUCGCAGAAACUUUCAAGUCAGAGCGCAUGGCACAUUAGCCUUUGUCUAUGCGCACUUCUCAACCCCUCUGAGCCACCGCCUUUACCCUCCCGUGCCUCUACGCCGUCAGCAUGUCGACACCACCGCCACCCCUUGACCAGGCGCCCAGCAACGUCAAGUCCCUGUCCAUAUUCGGCGGGUACAUGGCGACCGCGGCGCUGCUGACAUGGCGCUCCGUGGUGAUCAUCAGGGCGCAGUACAAGCGCAACAGCACACUCGCAGCCGCGGCCUCCUCCUCUUCUUCUUCCUCCUCCUCCUCCUCGUCAGCACAGGCAACACAGCAACAGCAGGCGCAGAACGAAGCCCUCCUGUCUGCGGCCCAGCUCCGCCGGCGGAUACGGGUCUUUAGCGUCCUGGCCGCCGCGAGCCUGGGCACGACGUGGUACUACAUGUUUGCGUUCUUUGCGCACUCGUAUCGCGAGUGGGCGGCCACCAAGGGCGUUGAUGUCGUUGCCGCGGCCGCCGCCGCCGCUGGUGGUGGUGGUGGUGUUCUGCAGGGCUUGCAGCUGGGCGCCUGGCUCAAGGACACGUCGCUGUUCAGCUUGGCCUGGGGCUCUGCCAUGGCCAGCGACGCGCGAGUCUGGUGGACACAGCAGAUCUUUGGGUUCUGCUCGGUGUGGACCCUCGUGCUCGGGACUGAAGGCUCCCUUCGCAACAUCCCAACCCUGUGGCCAUUUAUUCUGCUCGGGCAGAUCGUAGCCAUCUCCUUCGCCGCAAACCUGUCCUUCCUGGCCAUGAUCCUGUCCCCGUGGGUCCCCAAGGAGCCCCUGAAGGGCCGCGCAAAGUGGAACGCAAACUCGCGGCUCGUCGACCCGGCGACCUUCUUCGCGUACGCCAUUGUCGGCCUCACGUUUGCCAGUGUGGCCGCCACCCUGCCGUCGUCUUUCGCCGCCACGGAGGGCGGCAGCACCACCACCAGUGAGGACAACAACAACAACAACUCCAAGCAGAGUGGCGGGAUGAUGAGCGACCCGUGGUUCCUCCCGCUGCUGCUCACGCCCCAUGUCCUCGCCUUUGCGCCGCUGCUCCUGAAGAAGCAGAUCCGCUCGGCGCGGCAGCUCGCGCAGCCCAGCCUGAUUGCGGUCGUCAUGGCGAUCCUGCUGCAGACUCGGACCACGGGCAACGUGCUGGAGCAAGGCGGCGGGCUGGCGGAGAUCAGGGGCGCGUUCUACGAGCACCCGGCUGUCAGCAGUGUCGGCUGGGACGUGGUGCUCUGCUGGGUCAGCUUUACGUGUUGGUCGUUGUUGCGGGACUGAGUCUGGCGAACUUGGCUGCCGAGUAAGCAGGUAGAGAAAAGGGAGGUCUAGAUGUGUGGAAAAUCUACAUACCC